AUGGCCAGCACGAAUGGGAAAGGUCAAAUUAGUGGUGGUGACGGUCCUGAGUCUCCCUCCAAGUUAAAUUUGGCAGCAAAGCCCUUCACGCUGCCGUUGCGUCGGAUAAAUGUAGUAGCACCAUCCAACUCACAGGGCGACAGCAACGGUAACAGCAAGGGCAGCAAUAAAAUUGAAGAAAUUGCUUACAUCGGCCCAACACAUCUUCCCGUUAAUACACGCGUGUGGAACUCGAUUUCCUCAUAUUCGCUCGAAGACAUUGCUCGAACGGGUCCUUCAGCAAGACCGACCCAGAGCCAGAUCAUAAAUGUAUUCCCUAGCAACAGUGCAAUGCCAGCUUCAAGCUGCUUAAAGUCUCCAUUUCAACAGCCUACUACACAGUCUACCCAAUUUCCUUUCGGACCAAUCUUGCUUGAUAAUGGUGUCAUACAGUUGCGCUUGCGAGAUUCAAUUACAGUGGACAUGACGGCGGACGCAUCGGUGAAGGUUGUCAAUGGUAACCAUAAUAUUGCAAUAGCUAUUUCGAGCGAUACGCUAGCUACUGCGAUGCAUCAUCCAAAUGGAAUCGUAUUUCAAAACGGCCCACGAGUUGAUAUAGCUGCAGUCGAUGCAAGACGGAAAUAUCCUUAUAUCCGUUUUGCUAAAAUGUGGCAUAAAGGAAUUAGCCUAACGAGCACAAGAUACGCCUUAAUUUACCUGGUUGAUUCGGCUGGCACACGUACCACGUCAGACAUGAUUAGUAUGGAUAUGGAAGCGGAUUAUGUGAACCAGGUUUUCUUCAAUGGCGUUGUACCAGCAGCCCAUAACUACAUAGACCAAUGGCAAAUCAUCCAGAACUCGAGCUACCAGCUCGGUCAAGAGGGUAGCCUGCAGUUCCAGGUAAAUGGCUUCCGUAUCACUCAGGGUGGUGAUGGGUUGGUGAAGAUAUAUCGUUCCAACAACCGCUGCUCGAUUCGCACCAGCCCCACCAACGGUUGUGCGACAGUCACAACAAAUUCUAUCCAUUGCACCGCAUCGCUCGGAACGUCCUCCCAUCUGUUUGUACGACGUGAAGAGCGUCGAAUGCACUUUGACGGGGCUACGUUCAUUGUGCGCAAUGCUGGCCAUUCUGCUGGUUUUGACGAGCUUGAUCGAUUGCGCGUUUAUUGAAGAGGAAAUGCAAGCACAACCUAUCGUCAGCAUUUAUGGCUGACCGGCACUAGCCUCAUCAAAGGCUGCCGGUUGAUGGGUGGCUGUUUUUAGUACGUAUUGUAUCUCAUUACAGCUUCAUACGGGCACGCGGUGUCUCAUCGGCGUUUGUGG